CAAGGUUAACGGUAGAGAGUACUAGAUUCCACUUUCACCCCUCAUUCCAAUUCCACAAUUGUUCGUUCCUCCAUCGCAACUUCAACGCCUUAACCCUAAUUGCGUUACUCAUCAAAAGAAUCAGAAGAAGAAUGUGGUCUGCAACUUCUUCCCCUUCGUUCUUCCUCUUACUCCCCACAAACACACUCUCCAAUUCCCAUUCACUUCGUCGCUUUCUCCACUUUCCUCGCCGCAACGCCCUCUUCGCUUCCCUCUCCUCCUCUUCUCCCUCCUCCGAUGAUUUCGGCGGUUGGGCCCUUCUCGACGCCCCGGCCCAACCCAGCCACAAAGCGACAUUUCCUUCCUAUGCCGUUGUGGGCUUCGGCACUUCGCUCGCUCUUUUGCUUGCUGUAUUUGCUGCCUCCAGGAAAGGUUUUAACGUUCAAUUCGCGAGACCGUUGCGGAGUACCGUGGAAACACGACUUGAUCCAAACGAGACUGUGGAGUUUGACGCUUCUAGUAGUGGGAGCAAGUCGACGCCGUCCGAGGCCACAUCAGAGGCCAUAAAUGUUGCCGUUACGGAAACUGUUCAAUACGUAGCUUUAGAAAAGCCUGAGCGUGUUAUGAUCCCAGUUUCUGUGGAUUCUACACAAGAAGAAGCAUUGUCAGUCUUAAAGACAUUGAAGAUAAUUGAAGAUCAUGUGGAAGCUAAUGAACUGUGUACCAGAAGAGAGUAUGCUAGAUGGCUAAUUAAAUUGAAUUCAUCCUUGGAAAGGAGUCCUAAACAUAGGAUUUCUCCAGUAGUAUCACUUUGUGGAUCUGUAGUUACUGCAUUUGAUGAUAUCAAUGCUGAUGACCCAGACUUUAGAUCCAUUCAAGUCUUAGCAGAAGCCGGUGUGAUCCCCAGCAAAUUAUCUUGGAAGAACAGUUCCAAUUAUGGUGGAUCUGACAGUCAAGUAAAGAUAAAUUUUUUUCCUGAUAGAUUCAUCUCACGACAAGAUCUAAUAGACUGGAGAGCUCAGUUGGAGUAUGAAUUUUUCUCUGGGGUAAUUGACCAGAUAUCAAUUAAAAAAGCAGGUUAUAUGGAUGUGAAGGAGAUCACUUCUCCAGCAGUUUAUGUCGACAUGUUGGAAGGGGAUGGGAGUAUACUCAGAAAAGUUUUUGGACAGAGCAAGCGAUUUCAACCAAAUAAACCUUCAACAAAAGCACAAGCAGCAGUGGCUCUGACAAGUGGCCGGAUGAAAGAAGUGAUAUCAACUGAAUUGUCAAGAAUAGAAGCUGAGAAUUUAGCCCGACAAGCAGAGGCGGAAGAGAUCAGGUCUGAGUUGCUUAGCCGAGGAGACAUAGAGAGGUUUUGGGAUGAGAAGCUUAAUGAAGAGAAAAACCGUGGUUUUGAUGUAGAGAAGAUUUAUCAUAAGGAAGUAAGCAAUUUGGAAGAAGAGAAAAUCAAUAAAGAUAAGAUAUAUGCUGAGUAUUUAAAAGAAAAGGCAGCGAUAGAUUGUCAGAAGCAGCUGCUACUUAGCUUGAAAAAAGAAGUUGAUGAGAUAUCAGACAAACUUGCAUCAGAGAGAGUUAUAUAUGUAGAUGAAAGGCAUAUUGUACAAAAAUUGCUGAAGUAUUUAGAGUUCAAGCAUGAAGAAAUGCUUGACACCAAGUCCACACUGGAAGCUGAGAAAGAAGCUCUUCAGAUUCUUAGAUCUUGGGUGGAGGAUGAGGCAAGAAGAAGCCAAGCACGGGCAGCUGUUCUUGAAGAGGUAGGGCGAAGAUGGAAAUGGGAUGACCAAGUUUGAAUGGGAUCACAUCCUAUAAAUGUAAAUUAUUAUAUUUUUAUUUAUAUGAGCACAAUUUCUUUAGGCUACCAUGCUCUGUUUGGUAUUAUGUUCUUUUUGGGGAUAAAGGAAAGGAUUGAGGCUGAUGAGUCUCAUCCUUGGUUUGGUAUAUACUACAGAUUCGAAGGGGAAUGGGAUUCAUUUGAGUGGGCUGAAUUUCCAUGGGCCUCCCAAGAUUUGCCAUCCCUCUGGGAGAUGGAUGGUGAGGGCUAAUGUUGUCUUAUCUAUUUGAGUUGCAUGUCGAUCCUGUUUAACUAUUUCCAGUUUUGAAAGCUUUACGAAAUUCCCUUUCAGAUAAAAUGUCAUCAUUCUUGCUUGUAACUGGUGGCAAAUCUUUCUCAGUGAGUGAAUAAUUCCAAAAUGCCAAUUUUAUUCGGGUGUUGUUUUUCUUAGUUUUUGGUUUUUUCCUUGAUGGCUAAAUUGUGUUCAAUUUCUUAAAUUUUGCAAUGCUUUGACCGGAUAGAAAUAAGAAAUGUUAAGCGUUUAUG